AUGAAUCUACCAUCCAACAUUCUCAUUGUUGGUGGAGGCGUCUUUGGCCUCUCCACGGCGCUUUCUCUGCGCGAGCGUCACCCGACCGCGCAGAUCACCGUGGUUGAAUCGGCACCUAUUCCCAAUCCCCACGGCUCGUCCGUGGACACCUCACGAAUCGUCAGAGCCGACUAUGCAAGUGCGGCCUACAGCAAGCUUGCAAACGCCGCCAUCAAACAGUGGCGCUCCACCGCCUGGGGCGCAGAGGGCCGCUACACACAGAAUGGCCUCCUGCUGGUCUAUCCCGGGGAUGGCGCGAGUGCCCAGGCUUACGCACGCAAAAGCUUUGCCAAUGUCCGGGCCAUUGAGGGCGACAACGUGAUCUUCCUUCCGUCCAAAAAGGAUGUGCUGGACGUGGUUCCAGCCUACGGUGAGGAUCUAGAUGUGGCGGCAGGCUACGUGAACUGGGGAUCUGGAUGGAGCGAUGCCGCUGCUGGAGUGCGGUAUGCGAAGCAGCGGCUUGAUGCCGAUGGUCAGGUCAAAUUCAAGAGGGCAGAGGUGGACACACUCCUUUAUGAUUACUCGGGGGCGAGGCCCCGAGUGAGCGGUGUCUCUCUGGUGGGCGGAGAGACGCUCGAGGCAGACUUGGUGAUUCUGGCCACGGGGGCGUGGACGGGCAGAUUGGUCGACAUGCGAGGCAAAGCCGUGGCUACCGGUCAAGCGAUCGCGUAUAUCAAAAUCUCAGAUGCGGAGCAGAAGGCACUGGAGCAUCUGCCGACCAUCUUGAAUUUUGCAACAGGAAUAUUCAUCAUUCCACCGCGCGAUAAUCUGCUCAAGAUUGCACGACAUGCCUAUGGAUAUCGAAAUCCGACCACAGUCCCCAUUCCGGGCGCCAACAGAACCGGUGAGACCAUGGCGGUCAGUAUUCCUGCCACCGACGUGCCCGUCCCCAUGGAGGGAGAAGAGGCUUUCCGAGAAGCACUGAAACAACUGCUACCUCGACUGGCUGACCGACCCUUUGUCCAAACUCGUCUUUGCUGGUACACCGACACACCCAAGGGUGAUUUUAUCAUCUCGUACCACCCCGAGUGUGACGGCCUCUUCCUCGCAACGGGUGGGAGUGGACACGCAUAUAAAUUCUUCCCCGUUAUCGGCGACAAGAUCGUCGAUGCACUAGAGGGAACCCUCGAGCCAGAGCUGCGGGAUCUGUGGACAUGGACGGGACCGGUCCCAGCGGAUGCAGCCAUGGAACAAAUCUUUGAUGGAGAUGGCAGCCGGUCUGGAUCCAGAGACUCUAUCCUGCAGGAGGAGUUGGCCAAGACCAAAAAGGCAAACAGAAAGGGUGUGCUCUGA